AUGUUCAGUGUCGAGGACCUCCUGAUUUCUCAUGGAUACAAAUUGUCAAAAAAUCCCCCUGUUUCAUGUGAGAACAGGUGUGAUGGAUACCGGCAGGAAACCGCGGGGAACAGGUCUGCUCAGAGAACACUGAAUGGGUUUGAGGCAGAAUCGAGAGCUGGGGCUUACAGGAAGAAACCUCUGGUGAAAAGCAGCUCAAGCGGCACUGAAAGCAGCCAUGGGAGCCAUGGGAGGCAAGCAGGUCCUGGUUACCACCAUGACCUUCAGGGUUUGUCCACUUUUCAUACUUCAGAAGGGGGGGUUUAUGACAGGCCUCAAUUAGCACGGUCUUCCCAGCCCAAGACUGAUAAAGAUCUUGCCUACUGGAGAAGACGAGGACAGGACUUCAGUGUGCUCGUGGGCUAUUCCCAGAAAGCUGGUGUGGAAAUGAAAGGCCUGGCUGCAGCCCCAGGGGCAACCCGGCACCCCAAGGAGAGUCAGCUGAAGGUGGGCACGGGUGCAAGGUACAGCAGAAGAAGCGGCUUGCAGGAGAGCUGUGAAGUGCCCAGUGACUGCAAGUGGCAAAGUAUGGGAAUGGAAAGCUGGAACCAGCCAAAAAAGGUAGGGAGGCAAAUGUCUGAGGGUGACAGGGAGAAGCUGCUUCAAGAGCUAUAUUCACUGACUCUGGGAGACAACGUACUGAGCACCCACAGCAAGGGGAAAUCACAAUCACUGCCGAGGGUCCUUUCACCCGAGAGCAUGAGGUGCGUGGAAAUGCCCUCCCUGACCAACAGUAACAACUCACUCAGCGUAACUAAAGCCCCCUCCUAUCCCCCAAACAGACUGAACGUAGAACCAGCCAAGCACCAUGAAACAGGAGGCCAUCUCCUUCCCCUGGUGAAACCCAAGUAUGGGAGACCUCUCAAGCCUCCCUCCUACGAACUGCAGCGGCAGACCAGGGCACCUGCAGAUACUGUGGCUUUCCAGGACCACUACCAGAAAGAUGAACCCAUCUCCUACUUAGCCAAAGUUAAUGAGCCAAGGCAGGAGGCUUGCAUUCAAGACUCUGGUUUGGAGCCCCCGGUCUACGUACCUCCUCCUUCUUACAAAUCCCCACCUCACCAAAACGUGACCCCGCAUCCUCUCAGUGAAGUGCCUAACACAGACACGUAUGCCAGCAGCAAUCAGCAGGGUCCUGCAGAGCGGGUUGUCCCCUGCCAGCGUCCAGCCGUGAAUACUUUAGAAGCAGGGGGUGACCCUUGCAAGGACAAACAUCUUCCUCAUGGGAAGCAAAGCCAUGCAAGGCACCCUGCUGACUACCUGCGUUCUGUUCAGUAUAUUCCCUUUGAUGAUCCUCGGAUACGACAUAUUAAAAUUGCACCACCGGAAGGUCUUCAGGACAACACUAAAUACACUGAAAAUGCACGUAGUCCUAGUUCUGGUGCUUUGCAAGAGAGAUCUCUUGAAGUACAGUACAACAGUGCCUUUCUGGAUGCAUCAAACUUGUCCAAUUCUGCAAAGGGCGAAAGAACUUCCGUCAGCUCCACCCAUAGCAACAGAUGGUUGGCACCAUCCAUCCGAGAUCAGGAAAACUGUGCCUUGCUGGACCAAAGAGACAGUUGUAGCACAACUAAUCACAGCCCCCGUAAUGAAGCCAGUGUGGAGUACACAAAAGGCAAACUUUCUGUAAGAAAUUCACAUAUGGACAGCACCUGUGAGACUGUUACAAAAGUGAAAAAGUUUGAACCUGGAACUGGGAUGCAGAGCAAAAAGAGUUCAAAGAGAAGAAUGAAUGAAACUAUAUUUUGUUUGGUCUCUAUCCCAGUUAAAUCAGAAUCCAAUCUGCCAGAUACAGAUAGGAACAACAACAUAACCCAGACCCCUGAUAAGAAUGGGUUUGAUAACAAUGGGGCUUUGCAAGAACAAAGUCUCUUAAGUAUGUCUUCAACAGACUUGGAGUUACAAGCGCUUACAGGAAGCAUGACCAAUAAAAAUGAGUUACAAAAACAAGAGCUGUGGAGACCAGAAGAGUUCAAACAAAUGAAUGACCUCAGAUUUAUUCAGCCUGCAAAACACAGAGAGCUCAAAUACUCUGGCUCCUGGCCAGGUGAUCAGUACAAAGACCAGCAGACACAGACCAGUUUCACAGAAGAACCUGAAAGCCCUCAAUUUUUCCAUGGUACAAAGCCUGAGCAGCCCAAUAGUAACAAACCGCUGUCUCCAAAGCUCCUAGGGUGUACAGCAUCCACGAUAGGGUCAAACCAGACAGGGUUACCUUCUGACGAGAGAAGCUGCAGGCAGAGCACUUACGGUAUGAAGGGUCAGAUAUACCUCAGCCAGUCUAGCAACAGUGCAUUUUCCAGGACUGCCACCUCGGUCCUUCAGGCCACCUCCCCAAAAGCCCACCGGAGUCAGCCCAUGUCUGCCCACGAGAGGGAAACUGGCCUUCUUCCCAAGGGAGAUGUAAUUAAGGGAGAACCAGGUGCUCCCUGCAACAGUAAAGAGCUGUUUGGGCAGUUCCUGUUGAAGCCUGUAAGUCGCAGACCCUGGGAUGCAAUAAGUGAGCUAGAAAGUUUUAACAAGGAGCUGCAAGAGCAGGAGGAGAGCACAAGCAGUGAAGAAGAUUUGGAAAGUGCUGCGGCUUCCCCGCAGUCAGGUGCCCUUAUGCAAAGGAAGGGGUCCAGAAAUGAGAAGUUGAACCAGGAGCUAAAACACUGUGGGAUUUCGGAAGUGGUUGUGCCAGAAGGGCCUGUAUUUAAGUCAGGAAGAGUUAAAAGUAAGUCUGAAAGUUGGAGUGUGGGGACGGAGCAUGGUGGCCAGCCAGGCAGCAUUGGUUCUCAAGGCUCUUUGCAGCCAGGAGGGAGCAGUGAAGGAGUCAGACCAGCAGAUGGAAGUCUGAUAACAGAAAUGAGGAUGGGGGAAGCCAAGAGCAGAAAAAGCAAGCAGCCAGUUCACAAGGACCCUCUCCAGAGAGUUUUGUCCAGUAGCCCAAGCAGUUCAUGUCACAGUAAUCCUUUCAAUAACCCUGUCUUGCAGGCUAUGAGUGAAGACCAAAAUUACCUAGACUUUGUUAAGCUGAGCAAAGGUGCAGCUCCCACAAAUGAUACAGUAGUAGAGAGAGGCUCGAUAGUACACUUGUCACUAACAAAGAGGAACCAUGGGCGCUCAGAGCCAGAUUUGAGGUCAGUGGGACUUGAUGUAGCCCCAGGACCCGGUGCUGACAAUUCUGAUCACUCUUCAAAUGCAAAUGCAGUGGAAAUCCCUGUGAAUGAGUCAUUGCAGGCAAGAGCUGCAAGAAUUUUAGGUAUAGAUAUAGCAGUGGAGUCUCUCCUUCCGGAUGACCUCCUUGGGCCCCACCCAAGCACUAGCCCUGCAAAUGGUGCCCAGGACUUUGAGUCAUCAGUAGGGAGCACAGUAAGUGACAAAGAAAGAAAAAAAGAGAGUUCUUACGAAGGCAGACGUAAGUGUGGCUGGACAGAGAGUGCUCUCUUUGUCAGAGCAGGAGGCCGAUCUUUAUACCCUGAUGAAUGCCAGACUGCUCACCAGGAAACCAGUGCUAAACCACAGGUAACGGAACAAGUUCUUGAACAGCCUGUGAGUCCCAGCCACGGUGAGGACCAAAACUUGGUUUGCAAGUCAAAUGUGUAUCAGCAUUCAGAAAAGAGAGUGAGAAGCACCUCAAAAGUGAUAGAGACACUCCAAGGCAAGCUCACUUCCCCACCGAGCCGGACUGCCAUGGAUCGCUUAGUGCGAAUGAAAGAAGUUGACUCUGUGUCCCGGAUGAGACGUCUGAGCAUUAAGAGCGCAGACUCAGGAGAGGAGGUGGAUGAGGAGAAGCUGUCAAGGGUACAAGAGGAAAGAGGAAGCAAACUGGCAAGCUCAGGGGCUGUUUCCAAGCGUGUUAUCUCUCUCAGUGAAAAUGGAUAUUUAGGUGGAAUGGACAAGAAGAAGAAUGACAGAGACUUUUCUUUAGAUGCAUAUGACCCCACCAAAGUUGAAAAGGUGUGAGAUGAACGAAGAGAAUAGAGAGACUUCUGUUCAACUAAGAAUGUUUCACUGAUUUUUCUUUUUCUUUUCUUUUCUUUUCCUGGGUGCUCUUUGUUUGUUUUUUUGUUCUUUGAUGCUUGGAAAUUGCCUCCAUUUGUGGUGUUCAUGGUGUACUGAUAAUGCCUUUACCACUGCCACUAGGAAUUAGCUAUUUGUAUCUGAAACUGUUGUGGAGACCACAGAAAAAUCUGACUUCUACAUCGGAACCAUCUGGCUUUGUAGCGUUAAGACUUAAUACCUACCGUUGGCAAAGAGUUUUUAUCUGAACUCUAUUUCAGUCUUCAGUGGGGACGAUGAAAUGCAUGAAGUGAGGCUUUUGAGCUUUCUCUUUGGUGUAAAUGUAAACGUGGGAGAUUAGUGAAAU